AUGGGAUUAACGGGAAGCACGCGAAGACAGCAGCGGUAGUAGAUAUUUUGUUAUGCCAAAAUGACGGACCCAGAAGAUCACUGGAAAACAGACGGUGCUUUCAGCGACAGUGGCUUUGAUCAUAGUUUCUUUUCAGAAACUACUAGAAAAGGUUCAGUUGUGUCAAGGGCAAACAGCAUUGGAUCAACAAGUGCCUCCUCAGUACCAAAUACAGAUGAUGAAGACAGUGACUACAGACAGGAGACGUCAUAUAAGGACUCUUAUAAAGAUAGGCGGAGGCAAGCACACACACAGGCUGAGCAGAAGCGCAGGGAUGCUAUCAAGAAAGGCUAUGAAGACCUCCAAUCCAUAGUGCCCACCUGCCAGCAGCAGUCUGAAUUUGCAGUGGGUGCACAGAAGAUCAGCAAGGCGACUGUGCUGCAGAAAACUAUCGACUACAUCCAUUUUCUUCAUAAAGAAAAGAAAAAGCAAGAGGAGGAAGUAACUCUGCUAAGGAAAGAAGUGAUGGCGCUGAAGAUCAUGAAAACGAACUAUGAGCAUAUAGUGAAGGCCCACCAGAACAACCCACAGCAAGGGGAGGAUCAGGUGUCUGACCAAGUCAAGUUCAACAUUUUUCAGAGCAUCAUGGACUCCCUCUUUCAGUCAUUUAGUAAUUCUGUGUCAGUGAGCAGCUUUCAAGAACUCUCUGCCUGUGUUUUCAGCUGGAUCGAGGAGCACUGUAAGCCACAGACGCUGAGAGAGUUCGUUGUUGGUGUGCUCCGGCAGCUCAAUGGUCAGCUGUAUUGAUUGGGUGUACGUCUGGGCUGAACUCCUAAAUAUUGACUUUCAGCUUGCUUUUGCCUCUCAGGGUGGAGUAAAAACUCCAGUCAGCACAGUAUUUACAUUCACUUUAUCUCAUCAGUGACUUUGGGGUGCGAUUGGAUGACCUCAACCCACACUACAGGAAGAGAUGAGCAUUUGCCUGUUGUAGCAGUUUCUUACAGGAAUUUGUUCCAUUUUAACAUUAGCUCUAAUUUAUUGGAUUUUCCAUACAUGCUAUGGGGUCUAAAUUAGCCUAUCCACACUAUUCAGAGAACCCUGGCAACUCUAACUUGAGUCAGACUUCUAAUGUUUUCCUGCAGUAACUUACCUCUCAUAAGAUUUAAGGGUGAGACUUCUCCUUGCAAGACUUGUUUUUAGACAAUCACCUAGACCUCAGAAUCAGUAUACAUACACUCUAGGUUUAAAAUUGUUCUGUUAGAGACAGAAUUUGUGAAUUUUGAUGACAGCAUGAUUGAAGCUUUUUAUUUUGUUAAACUUUUAAAAUCGCUGUCAGUUCAUUCCAAACAGUGCAUUAUUUGUGUUUUGAUGUGAAUUUAUCAUCGCUGUACUCUCCACCAGUCACUGGUUCCAUUUGACGACAUGUGAUCAGCAAAGACUUACAACUGCUGUACUUAAGGUCUUUACAUGUAAAUUUUCAAAAUGUUAGAAAGCAAUUGUUAUGACUUUGAUUUUGUAUUUGAGCAUGUACAGUCUAGUCAUACACUUGAAAAGUAUUUGAGAUUUUAACAAGAUAUUUUUGGUUCCCGUCUUAUUACUUAGAGCAAUGGUUCCCAACCUUUUUUCCCUAGGGACCCCCUACUCAUUUCUAAGAAAAGCUAAGCCCUCCAGGUCUCACUUGGAAACAUUAACACCAAUUUUAAUCAUUUCAUUUGACUGAGUCCCAACAUAAUGAGCCUACUUCAUCAAUAAACUCUUGCCAAAAGA